CUGAGGACAUAAUGACCACAGGCUUGCUUCUUCUGCUCCUGGUGCUUUCUGGUUCUCAGGCAUCCCAUUACUUUGGGACAGUGAUGACCUUUACCCCCAAAGAAAGCACGGAUGAUGGAUCUCUAAGGGUGGUCUUUGACUACAAGUUGAGCUUUCGCUCAUGCACAGAUGAAGACAAGUGGAAAUGUGCCAGCGGUGACUGUGGUAGUGAGAAUGUGGAGCUGAGCAUUGUGGAUGAAGAGGACAGAGAGUGGUGUCAGAGGGAAGGAGUCAUGACUCGGGAGGUUUCCAGCAACUCUCUGUUUCAGCUACGUUUGGCUGGUGGUGACUGGAUUAACAACAAAAACGGUAUUAGUAACUGGAAAGCUGUAACUCAGGUGGACCUGAGGACUCGAUCUGACACAGCUCAACCCAACAAAUCACCUCAGACCACCAUCCUGCCAGCUCUUAGAGUUCCGUCAAACUGUAAGAGAGAAUUCAGCCUGUUGGCCUUUGAUCCUGAUGAAGACGAGGUUCAAUGCAGAUAUGGAGACACAGCAGCAGAUGAGUGUAAUCCUUGUACACCGCCAUCUCUUCUAACCAUCACACCAUCUUGCAAACUGACCUUUCAUUCUGCGAGUAGGAGUGAUGAAGGUGCAUAUGCAAUACAGCUGGAGAUGGAGGACUUCCCCAAGCAGACCAUCUUUCUCCAUCAAAGUGAUGAUGUGGAGACAACAAGGACUCCCAGUGAUGCUCUCAGCAAACUACCAAUCAGAUUUAGUCUAAUAGGUAGGACCAUUUCCCAGUCCUUCAGAGUCCUGGAUGAAAACUCCUACAGAUGCAGUUGUCUAGAUCUGUGGAUCAUCUCAGUCUUCUGCAAUCAUCUGACAUCAUUACAGUAA